UCGGAAAAAUUGAUUCUGUAUAGAAUAUGGAUGUUCAUACCAAAGUAUUACUUGUAACAGCUAAUGUUGGGAGUUUAUUCGAAGAUCCAGAGGGACUUCUUCAGACAUGGCUACACGAAUUUCUUUCCAAGGUUUCGUAUAUUCAACCAAAAUUUUUAGCUUUACACCUUCAAGAAGUGGGAGGAAAAACUUACGAGAAAUCAAUGGAACACGUACAAGAAUUUAUCAGAUGCUUGUGUGAUGAUAGUGUAAUGGCAGAUUAUUUAUCCGUUCAUGCAUAUUUGGAUGAAGAUUUUAAGUCAGCUGAACACUUUACGGCACUUGGAAAUCUAUACUUCGCUCAUAUAGACAUAGUGUCUUUGAAAAUAUGGAAUUUUUUAACUCACAACUGGGAAGAGCAAAUCCAAAAAGAUAAACACAUAUAUUGCGGUAAUAUUGAAACAAUUGCAACAAAGGAAAAGUCAAAAUUCCCGCAAAACUAUUUUCCGGAAUGUAAAUGGUCUCGGAAAGGUUUUAUGCGCACACGUUGGGAAAUUAAUGGUACAGUGAUCGAUCUCGUCAAUAUCCACCUUUUUCAUGAUGCAUCAAAUUUGGUUGCUUGUGAAAGUUUUCCAUCUGUAUAUUGUAAAACAAGGAGAAGAGCGUUAGUUCAUACAAUUGAAAGAUUUCAUUCGGAUGAAAAGAAUGGUUCAGUACCAUAUUUCCUAUUUGGUGAUUUCAAUUUUAGAUGCGAUACCGACGGCGUCGUAAAAGAACUAACGAAGAACCUAAAUCCCUAUCGCGCUGAUGAUACCAGGAUUGAAAACAAUAAAGUUCAUUAUCGUAAUUCAAUUGGAGACACCGUACUUACUAUAGGAAAGAAGGAAUUUAGUCAUGUCGAUCAUCAACUGAAGUUUAAGGAAGAUUGGCUCAAGAAGUAUGACAGAGAAUUGGAGCCACUUAAGGAUACUCUAGACGAAUACCCGAUAAAUUUUUUUCCUACUUAUCCUUUUGAAGAGGACCCACACAUGCCCAUGGACUAUAUGUCAACUCGUUGUCCGGCGUGGUGUGAUCGUAUUUUAAUGAGUCCCCAAAUUAAGGAAAUGGUCGUAAUUGAUGAAUGGAAAUAUGGCAUGAUCGGUGAAUCUGCAUGCAUGGGAGAUCAUAAGCCUAUUUACUUAAGUGUUCGUCUAAAGGCAAACAAAGGUACUUGUAGAUCUUGUGUUUGCACCUAUACACAAACUUAUGCAAAAAGCGAAAACUUCCCAACAUCACCUCUACCCGCAGUCAGAAACAUAUGUCCCUAUUCCAAUAAAUUAUUUUUGGAAGUUUUAUGCGAAUGUAAAAACAUACCUAGCAGUGCAAAGCUUACAAAUGUAACCGAUGUACGUAAGGUAUUCGAAUCCUUAAAAGUAAGUCAAAGUGAACAUAAAGAAGGAAUCACUCCCUCAAAUAUUCCGAAUAUAACUAUUAAUGUAAUUGACUCUGAUAAUGUCUGCUUGUGCUUGUGUUCACAAUUAUCUAGUACAAUUUUGCAAUUUGACGAUCAAAUGGAAAAAACUGAUGAAUUAAAUUGCGUCAUGUGUCGUAAUAUAGGGAAAAUACAGACAACCGCGUUCCAACACAAGCUUUUUUCGGAGCGCCUUCUGCUCCCCCAAGACACAAUAAUCAGCACUAUCGAUCAACAGCAUCUCAACACAGAUAUUGAACAUGUUCAUGAUGAUCCAUAUACUCCAGAAAGCAAUGAGUCACACUCACCUCAUCCUGAGAUGACAAGCGGAUGUACGUCAAUCUCAAACCGAAUUCGCAAUCCGUUUGAUCCUACACUGUCACAAGACAGAUAUUUUGAAAUUAAAAAUACGGAAUUGGACCCUUCGGAUAGUGAAAAGCUAGCAAUAUCAAGAAAUUUUGACUCUGAAAAACAACCGAGAGGAACUGUACCUCCUGACCAAUUGAAAUCUAGGUUAGAAAACUUACAGAAGUUAUCAAUACGUUCUUUGGGGCGUGAUGACACUUUUGUUCGGAAUGGUGAUGUUGAAAAUGUUAAUAACGUAUGCUCAAGUGCUUAUCCAUCUCGCACAAGACGAAACUCAAUUGUUAUCCCUAUGUGUUGCUCUGCGCAUAUCCCUUAUGUUCCCGAAUCGUUAAAAGUUUUAGGGCAUGAAGCCUUGAAUGAUGAUAGUCUUUGGAUGGAACAAUCAAACAUUGAUACUUGUUGUUCUUCGAACAGUUUGGUUGCCAAUACGCAUUAUAUACGUAUGAAGCCCGUCUCUACCAGCCCGAGUAAAGACAUGAAAGACAAGAAUGGUAUUCUGUCUUGCAAAAAUGAAGAUUGCAAAAGUCUUGACAAUGAUAAUGCACUGCUAUUAAAGGAAACCGUUUAAAAAAAUCACGUCAA